GGGGCGGAGGGACUGGGGGAGGAGUUCCCCCUGUGAGAKCCGGAGCCCUCAGCUCUACAUUCCGGCGGAGCUCAGAGGCUCAGAGCGGCCGCAGCGCAGACCUGGCCCGUAGCGGUGCUCCUUAAACUCAAAGUCAAGCCCGGAGGAGAGCAGUCCUCUGCUGGCUGUUUGUUCUGUUGUUGUUUGCGCUCAGGUGGAAUGGUUGACUUUUUGUCUCACAGCUGUCUGAACUGUGAGAGAAGCUGGUUUAUGACUUUGUAAUAAAAGGUACAAGCCUUCAUUCAUCCCAGUGCUGUUCCAGCAGUCCAUGCACCAUGGUGAUCAUGACAGACACCAGCAGGAGCGCCCAGCCUCCUCCUCCUCCUCCUGCCCAGGGGAGGCCACUGCAGGUCGGCUUCUAUGAGAUCAUCCGCACCCUGGGGAAAGGAAACUUUGCAGUGGUGAAGCUGGCCAGACACAAAGUCACCAAAACCCAGGUGGCAAUAAAGAUUAUAGACAAGACCAGGCUGAACCCCUCCAACCUGGAGAAGAUUUACAGAGAAGUGCAGAUCAUGAAGCUGCUGAACCACCCGCAUAUAAUCAAACUCUACCAGGUCAUGGAGACCAAAGACAUGCUGUACAUYGUCACAGAGUAUGCAAAAAACGGAGAGAUGUUCGACCACCUGACCUCAAACGGCCGCAUGAGCGAAACGGAGGCGAGGAAGAAGUUCUGGCAGAUCCUCACGGCGGUGGACUACUGCCACCGGCACCACAUCGUCCACCGCGACCUCAAAACCGAGAACCUUUUGCUGGACGCCAACAUGAACAUCAAGCUGGCCGACUUUGGAUUUGGGAACUUCUACAAAGCAGGGGAKCCUCUGUCCACCUGGUGCGGCAGCCCGCCUUACGCUGCCCCGGAAGUGUUUGAGGGGAAAGAGUACGAGGGGCCUCAGCUGGACAUCUGGAGUCUUGGCGUGGUGCUUUAUGUUCUCGUCUGCGGCUCCCUCCCAUUUGACGGACCGAGCCUUCCUGCACUCAGACAGAGAGUUACCGAAGGACGGUUCCGAAUCCCCUUCUUCAUGUCGCAAGACUGUGAAAACCUGAUCCGUAAGAUGCUGGUGGUGGAUCCAGCCAGAAGGAUAACGGUGGCCCAGAUCAAGCAGCACCGGUGGAUGAUAUCAGACCCCACAGCCGCCCAGCAGACCCUCAGCCAUUCCCUCACAGAGUACAACUCCAACCUGGGCGACUACAGCGAACCUGUGCUGAGCAUCAUGAACACACUAGGCAUCGAUCGGCAGCGGACCAUUGAGUCUCUGCAGAGCAGCAGCUACAAUCACUUCUCUGCCAUCUACUACCUGCUGCUGGAGAGGGUGCGGGAGCAUCGCGCACAGCAGCUCAGCCGUCAGUGUGGGGCCUGGAACCAGAGACCCCGGAGCACCUCCGACUCCACCGCCCCAGAGGUGAUCAUGGAGUCCAGCGAGAGCUUUAGAACAACGUUUUCACUUCCAGCCAAAWGCACUCCUCCACCUGUGUACUCUGAAGUGGAGUGUGACCAAAGUGGACUGUUCCAGCGGGUGGUGUUCCCAGUGGAGGCCAGCCUGAACAGACUGCUCUGGAACCGCUCCAUCUCUCCCAACAGUCUUCUGGAGACGAGCAUCAGCGAGGAGGUGCGYCCCAGGGACCUGGAGGAAGAGGAGGCCACGCAGACUCUCGGGCCCCUGCUUCCACCCACCACCUCCCGCAGACACACUCUGGCUGAGGUCUCCGCCCGUUUCCACCAGUGCAACCCUCCAUGUAUUGUGGUUAGUCCGUCAGACGGAGCCUCUUCUGACAGCUGCCUGAAGUCCUCCUCUAGUCCUGCGCCCACUUUACGAGCGGCCGUGGGGGAGAUGUCAACCAUUCUGGCCUCGAGGGCAGGAGGCGGAGCUCUUCAGCCUGCUGGAGCUCCUCUGAAUCUCUCCUCCCACCUCCUGCCGCCGGCACAGAGCAGCCUGCCAGCCGCCAGCUUCCAAGAGGGUCGCAGAGCCUCAGACACGUCCCUCACCCAAGGCCUCAAAGCUUUCCGCCAACAGCUAAGGAAAAACACGCGCACGAAAGGGCUGCUGGGAUUAAAUAAGAUUAAGGGUUUGACCAGGCAGGUUGUUCCUCCCCCCUCCUGCAACCGCGGCAGCCGAGGCUCGCUCGGCCCGGCCUUCUCCGAGCACCGCAGCAUGCUGGAGGAGGUGCUGCACCAGCAGAGAAUGCUGCAGAUUCAGCACCAACCACAGCCUCAGGUCCAAACCACCCAAACAGGACUGACCCAGAAUCCUCUGCUCUUCCUGACCCAGCCGUCCUCUCCUUCGCCGACCUCCGUCUUUGCCCCCGCCUCCAUCUUUGACGCCCCCGCCCAGGCCGCCCUGCCCCCUCAGCAGGCCUCCCCUGGCCCCUGGCACCAAACGCUCGAGCCGUCCUACUCCAGCUGCUCCUCGCCCUCCUCGGCCUGCUACACCUCCUCCCUGUCCCCCGUGGCCUCCGCUGCCUAUCUUCUCGAGGCGCGCCUGCACAUCAGCCAACAGCCUCGCCCRCACUCCUCGUACGCCGGCCCUCCGCAGCAGCCUCAGUCUGCCACACAGCUCCCCUUCCCCACCCCUUCGAAGCUGACCAUGUGGAGCAGGGCGUCGGCCCCCGCCAUGGAUCCCAACCUGCAGGAGCUGGGCCUGGCAGGGCAGCAGCAGCUCAGCAGCUGUGUGAUGGUGAAGUAAAUGAGCAGGAGGAAAGAGCACAACUCUGAGCAGGAGAAACAAAACAAAACAAAAAAAAAAAAAAAACGCUGAUGCAAGCAACAAAUUGAAACAAUAUUCACUAGGAGGUACACAGAAUGUGUGCUGGAUGUUUUUUGAGAUCAUAUAAGCUAAAGACUCAGCAAUAACCAAACUCUGGAUGAAGUUUGUUUCCGAGAGAAGCAAUAAUUGACUCUUCAAGCGUUCAAAUKGACUCAGUUGAAGGAAAGUUGGCGUUUGAUUCACGUUUGGAUGCUGUCUAAGAAAACAUUUUCAAUUUAUGUUUUUCCAGAAGACCAAAUUGUUUCUUUGUAAAAACAAAAGCAAAGGUUUCCCACUUCGUUCGCCUUCCUAAGGAGACAUUUCUCUGUAGCAGUGCAACCAACGUGCAGUAGUGCCCUGCGCUUACWAAACAAAGGAUUUGAAGUUGUAAUGAAACUGUGACAAUUUGAUYCGAUUUUUUUUUAGCGUCGCAAAAGCUUCUUUUACCUCAAGCUACAGAACGAACUGCUACAUCCUGAAUCAGCCAAAACGGAGUUCUUUUGAGCAAAGCACAACAGGUACACCAGUCAACACGGUAGCACCGUGAGAGUGGGGAUCCUUUUAGUCUUUGAUGCUUCUACUACCUCCUCAGGCAACGAGGCAGCAGUUUGGACCCUGAUGCAGGAAAAAGAAACAAACAUUCAGCUGAUGGACAAAACAAAGAUUGUGGGAACAGUGCAAUAAUUUACCUGGAAACACAAUGGAAUGGCGUGUCUCAAAUGGUCAGAAAUAUGUGUAUUUUGCCUGAGGUUUCUGUGUUUAUUUUUAUUUUUUUUGUCUUUAAUGUAUUUGAUUUCGAGCUAGCUAAAGGUACCACAGUAAUGACACUGUAGUGACUUUUAGAGGAAGGCAUUUCAAAAAAAGCUGCUUCUUCCUGCAGCAUGCCUGUAUUUUAUUUCUGCAGAGAGGAAGAAUUUUGGGUUUUACCAAAGAGCGAACAGCACAAGAGAUGGACGAUCUAUCAAAGAUACACUACUGACUUUUCACUUUGAAUGCUGUCUCAAGAUGUAGCACAGUGGUCAGCUACCAUUUUCAUACAAAACAAGAAAAACAAAAUGCUCCCUGCUGCCACCAAAUCCUAAUGCUACACCUUUUGUUGCUAUCUUUAGAUGUUACUAUCAGGACCAUGGGUGUAUUCUUGUUUUUUACUUUUCUAGAAAAAGAGAAAAAUGAAACAAAAUGAAAAUAGCAAUAUCACGUUGUGCAGGAAGCUGAACUUUAUUCACUGGUUAGAAUUUUAGUUCUGGUGAGAUGUGUGUGUUGUAAUWGAUGUUCUUUGUCUCAUAUCUGUGAAGCAUCUCAUAGGAGAACAGUGUUUUGUUUUUUAGUUUUUCUCUGGGUUCUGCCCGGGAAGCAUGCAGUGUUGAUCUUUCUGCCCAGAUGUUUUUUUUGGUUGAUUGCCCCUCAAAACACUCGUGCCUUUAUCAGAACAACUCACGGUCAGAGUUCUCCAUCUCUGACUGUGACACUGUAGAAGGACAGAAAGAAAGACGCCUCU